AUGUUGGCGAUCGGUGGCUGUGACUAUGUGAUUAGAAAUGUACACAAUAUAGCACUAAAGAGGGCACAAACACAACUUUGGCGAUACCAAGGACCGCCGUGCCGGCUGCGGUGCCGUGUCCGUAAGAUAUUCGACUUCUAUUGGAGGCCAGAUUUGGGAAAAAAAGGGAGCCAAGCUGGCCAAGUACCGACGCCGGCGGGAGCGCGCGGUUACCACAGGGUAGCAAACUUUAUUCUAUCCCCCGACCUGCCGUACGGUACGAAUAUUGUACAGCGUCUAUCUUAUAGUGGAGGGUCAACAAUAACAACAACAACGACAAGGACAAGGCAUACAAAAAUGGAGAGACUUCAGUUCAAGCAGCAGGCUCCAAACUCUCGGUGA